AUGUCGCAUAAUAAAAGCACGGAAAACCUUGGAGCUUCAUGUGAAUAUUACUACUUUUAUAUAUUCUUCAAAAACCAAUGCAUUUAUAGCAUCGACCUGAAAAAUGAUGAAAGAGAAAAAACCAAUUCAACAAGCAAAAGUGAAAAGGAAAAACUUUUGUUGGGAUCUAUAUAUGCCCUUAAUUAUCUUUGCUUUAAUAUACAGCCAAACAAAAAAUUUAAAAAUUUGUACAAAUCUCAUCAUGAUGUUAAUAAAAAUAUGAAUCAAAAUUUUAAAACACACAAUCAUAACAUUAUCAACACACAGAAUAAUCUCCAUGUUGGGAAUUUUAAUUCAUUCAACACUCCAUUCUACAAAUUGCAUUACUUCGAAACCCUAACUGCCUACAAGUUCAUUAUAAUUACGCAUAAGAAUACGCCCAAUUUGUCCAGUCUUUUAAGAGAUAUUUACAAGACAAUUUUCCUCGAUUUAAUUAUACUGAACCCGGUUUACAAUAUCGGAGAUGAAAUACAGGACAAAUUAUUUGACGAGAAAAUAAUUAACCGAAUUAGGAGCCUCACAUCAACAUAG